CUUCACUUCCACUUCGCUGAACUCUCUUUUUAUUUAUUUCUGUCCUGUCUGCUCAUCUGUCCGUCUGAAGAUCUCUGAAACGCCGCAUCAUCCGGGAUGUCUCUCCCGCAACAACUGCGCGAUGAAAGCGAUUUCGACCAGCUUCCAGACAACAUUCCGACCACUGCAACCAUUGCUGAUAUUGAGGAGAAGAAAGGCUUCAUUGUUUACUAUAGGUUUGUGAUUGAGGUGAAGACGAAAGGUGGCAAUAAGUACCUGAUCUACCGGCGAUAUCAGCAGUUCUUUGCUCUGCACCAGAGUCUGGAGCUGAAGUGCUCCCCUGAAGCCCAGCCAGGAUACUACACCUGCCAACUACCUGCCCUGCCAGGUAAGGUGUUUAUGGGAAACAAAAAAGAGAUCGCUGAGAGCAGAAUCCCAGACCUCAAUAAUUACAUGAAGAGGUUGCUGAGUCUGCCUACCUGGGUUCUCUUGGAUGAUCUGAUACGAAUGUUUUUCUAUCAAACAGAGUCGGACAGCCAACAGGUCCCCCGAGCCCUGCGCCGCCUGCGGCCCCCCACACGCAGAGUGAAAACCGUUAAGCCCAAAACAGACCUUCUCUCAGCUCCAAGAGCAGAGGCGGUGUUUGACUUCAGCAGCAGCAGGCGCCUGGAGCUCAGUCUGAAGGCUGGAGAUGUGAUCUUCCUCCUGCGGAGAGUCAACACAGACUGGCUGGAGGGCACUGUGAGGGACAGAACCGGCAUCUUUCCGGAGUCGUUCGUGAAUAUUAUUAAACCUCUUCCCGAGAGUGACUCUGAUGAAGAGGGCGGAGCUCAUCCUCAGGGUUCAUACAGCUGCCUGCGCUGCUAUCUGCUGCAGCCGGAUGGCAUCGAUACAAGGGACAUUUGCGUUGAGGAAGAUAUCACAAUUCAGCCUUCCUACAAGGAUCUGCUCUCCCGAAUGAGAGAUGUGUUUGAAGUGGAUGAUAUUGCUUUGAACUAUCGAGAUCCUGAGGGCGAUUUGAUACGGAUAUUAGACAAUGAAGACAUCACUCUCAUGGUGCAAGAGAGCAAAACGACAGGGUCAAAGGUCAAAAGACCCGUGAAUCAGUUUCCAUGGGAGCUGCUGGUCACACAUGCCAAAGAUCUCUCUGUCUACAACACCAACUAUUAACAUGAUGAGUGUGUUUGUCUGUAACCUCUUUUUAUGCUCAUGUAAUUUCAGAAUUAUUAUACAGUGUUCAUUGUUUUAUGUUGUUUUCAAAUGAAAUUUUUUUUUGUUUAUUAAUGUAAUCAGUACUUUACAGUGGAUGAUAUUUUGGAGCAUAUUUGAUCAAUUUUAGUGCUAAUAAAUAAUGAGUUUACAUAUGAACAGUACUUUGUAAUCCUUUAACUUGGAUGGUGGUGUAGAUAGUUGUCUAGUUUUCCUGUAAAAAUAUCUAAACAUCGCUAAAACAAGUUCAGAAGCAAAAUGUCAAACAUUUUUUACGUCUUUUUCCCCCCAGUUAAAUCAAAAAAAUAUAUCGAGGUUAAUGCUUAAAAAAAUAAAAUAAAAAAUAGUUUUCCCUUUGAAUUAAGUUUAUAUUUCUUACCCCAUUGGAAAAUAGUUUUUUUCUUUUUAUAAGCAUAAACCUCAAUAAAUUGUAUUAUCUUCUCCGCUU